AAAUCUGAAGCCGAACGUAGUUGUUGAACGAAACAUUUGCAUAAAUACAAUACAAUAUAAAUACGGCACAGGUCGAAGGCCAGGGAAAACGCAAUAUCUGAUGAGCUCUACGAAGAACCCACAAUAUCGAGGGCAGAAGCAGAGGCAGCAGUCUUCCAAAAUAACGAGCGAACAAAAAAAGUGAAAGUUGGCCAUACGAAACAUGAUGAAAAUCGUGCUGAUUAGUGGAAAGCGAAAGUGCGGCAAGGAUUACAUAUCCGAGAGGUUGCAGAAAAGAUUGGGCUCCCGAUCGCGGAUCGUUCGAAUCUCGGAGCCGAUCAAGUCGGAGUGGGCCCGCAAGCUGCAACUGGAUUUGGAUGCCCUGCUCAGCGAUGGACCCUACAAGGAGAAGUAUCGCCGCGACAUGAUAGUGUGGAGUGACGAGGUGCGGGCCCAGGACUAUGGCUACUUUUGUCGCGUGGCGAUGGAGGAGGCCUUGAGCCGCCAGCAGACGCCCUACAUCCUGGUCAGCGAUGUGCGGCGCAAGAACGACAUCAAGUGGUUCCGGGAAACAUACGGAACGGAGAGGGUCAUUACCCUGCGAUUAACCUCUCGUCCGGAGACGCGAUGCGCACGAGGUUGGACCUUCACCGCUGGCAUCGACGAUGUGCCAUCGGAGUGCGAUCUGGAUGACCUGACCGAUGGCUUCGACUGCGUGCUGGCCAACGACGAGGUGCUGGACCAGGAGGCCAUCGAUCACCUGCUCGACAAACUGCAGCUACAAUAUCACUAAGGCCUCAAACUUAUUACUCAAAUCGAGGUUUUUGCUUUUGCACACAUGUAUUUUUGAUAAAACAUGUAUUCCGGGUCACUGUGAAAUUGAAACUGAUCCUCACAAGAAACUUAGAUAAUGCAAUAUUACACUCAACCUAAUAGUUUUUAUACAAAAUACUCUUAUGACUAAGUGCAGAUUGUGUGGCAGUUUUAAUAAAAUUAAAUUAAACCUUG